AUGGCUAACGGUGAUCAUGAAAGGAAGAAGAAAAUCGCUGUUAUUUCAGUCUCAGGGAUCCUCCUGGUGGCCAUGGUGGCCGCCGUGGGCGUCGGUCUAUCUGGUGCCGGCGAAGCAGCCUACGAUGCGGUUGGGUCCGGGGAGGAUCAUGGUGAGAAGAAACAGAUUUCUGCGACUCAAAAGGACGUGGACGUGCUUUGCAGCUCAGCCGAAUACAAGGAAACCUGCAAGCACAGCCUCUCAAAAGCGAACAAUGGCACCACCGACGUUAAAGAACUCGUCAAAGCGGCCUUCCACGCCGCCGGCAAGGAGUUCAAGAAGUUCAUUGAUAACUCUACCCUGUUCGACGAGCUUGCCAAGGACAACAUGACCAGACAGGCUAUGGAGAUCUGCCACGAGGUGUUAGACUACGCCAUUGACGACAUUAAAAACUCGAUCAAUAGCGUGGAUCAGUUCGAUAUAAACAAGCUCGGUGAAUACGCCUAUGACGUUAAGGUGUGGCUCGGAGGCACUAUCUCCCACCAACGGACCUGUUUGGACGGCUUCGAGAACACCACCACACACGCCGCCGAGACCAUGGCCAGGGUGUUGAACACUUCCCUGGAGCUCAGCAUGAACGCUUUGGAUAUUAUCUCUGGCCUAUCUGACGUCGCCCAAACCUUCGACUUCGCUGCUCAUGGUGAUAAUAACAACACCUCCAGUCGGAAGCUUCUCGAGAGCUUGCCGUCUUGGGUAAGUGAUAACCAACACCGUCACCUCCUCGCCGCAGCCGCAGCCGGUGCCGCCAACGUUAAGCCCAAUGCUGUUGUGGCUCAAGAUGGAUCCGGGCAGUUCAAAACACUCACCGACGCUCUCAAAACUGUUCCCAAGAAUAACAUGAAACCCUAUGUGAUUUACGUGAAGGCCGGAGUAUAUAAGGAGACUGUGAACAUACCCAAGCAAUCCAGUCAUAUCACAAUCGUCGGAGAUGGUCCCACCGUCACCAGAUUCACCGGCAGUCUCAACUUUGCUGACGGCGUCCAAACUUACAACACCGCAACAUUCGGCGUGAAUGCUCCUUACUUCACGGCCAUGCACGUAGGGUUCGAGAACACAGCCGGAGCAAUUAAGCACCAGGCCGUGGCUCUCCGAGUAACCGCUGAUAAAGCCGUCUUCUACAACUGCCACAUGGAUGGGUACCAAGACACCCUCUACGCUCAGUCCCACCGCCAGUUCUACCGCGACUGUGUCAUCUCCGGUACAAUUGACUUCAUCUUCGGUGACGCCGACAUGGUCUUCCAGAAUUGCACAUUGGUCGUCAGGCCACCUUUAAACAACCAGAACUGCAUCGUCUCCGCCAGUGGCCGCAACGUGAUCAACAGUCCCAGCGCGAUGGUGUUCCAGAGCUGCCACUUCACCGCCGACCCACUCUACCUCUCCGACCCGGCAAAGAAACCGGCAUACCUCGGACGUCCAUGGAGAGCAUACGCCAAGGUGAUCAUCAUGGAUUCUCUGAUCGACGGAAUCUUCGCUCCCGAAGGUUACAUGUCGUGGAUGGGUAGCAUCUAUCACUUGACCAGCAUCUUCAAUGAGUACAACAACAAAGGUCCUGGCGCCGAUACCUCUCACAGAGUGAAGUGGCCCGGCGUGAAGGUGAUCACUGCCGCUCAAGCCGCAAAUUUCUACCCUCGCAAGUUCUAUGAAUUCCGAAAUGCAACUACCACUGAUGACGAUUCCUGGAUCUCCGCCUCCGGGAUUCCCUACUCCGUUGGCCCAAUGGCCGUACCAAAUUGA